GUCAUGCGUUCCACUUUACCGCACUCUCCCCGUCAAAGACUUUGAAUGUGCAUUCUGGUCUUUAGUUGAAGGCACUCCCAUAACCAGUGUUCUCAUACACCCCCUAACUCAGCAUCGAUUGUAGUCCAUCAUCGACUCUAUAAGGAUGCAGGAAUUCUUCACUGCAAUAACAACGUGAGCAGUCUCAUGGUGUUGAGGGAGACACCCACUCGCGGGAUCCUACUGGAUCUUGAUUUUGCAAUCCAAGUCCGAGAUGGAGACAAAGACGUCUCACCCGAGCCCUCUUUUGCUGCCAUUUCUUUCCAUGGAUCUCCUAUCUGCUGCGGGUUCCCUCCUAAGCGGCUUUACCGACAUGACUUGGAAUCGUUUUUCUAUAUGCCUGGUUGGAUUCUCUGUCGAUGUGACGCACACGGUGAACCUAAGGCCCUGCAUCAGUUCACAGCUUGGCAUAAUGGCCCCCUCGAUGACAUCAUUCCAGCCAAACGGAGGUUCACGGGAGUACCUAGCCACAUCACAUCAGACAGGUCCUCGCCUUCACUUCAGAGCUGGUUGCGCCGCUUGUGUAGGAUGUUUGGCGGAGGAUACAGGGAAGUGAACUGCCAGGACGCUCACGUUGACCAGGAAACUCGGGGGGGCAUAUGACGUUUGACACAUUCAUGGGCGUGGCUCCGCAGAGUACCCCCUGAACGAACAAACUAUUGUUUAUGAAGCGGUCUUUUGUACACAAAAUAGAAAUUCGAGACUUCAUGCCGCUCUCGAAAUGCCAUUCCUGUCACUG